CCAGUAGAGCACUGUAAAAUCACUGUACAAGCGCAGUAAUCGCAGUGUGUUCAACGUAUCAUUGUACAGCUGUGUAAUCACUGUGUCACCGUCUUUGAUACAAUGUAACUGUUCUCUCUGUCCUGCGCGCGGCGCUUGAGACCUCCCACCACGUCGACGACGGCGCUGCCCGAUGUGUGUGUAUCGGUGUGUGUCAGCGUCGGGUUACACUGUUACCGCCGUGUUGUUACCCUGUUGUUACUGUGUUUCUCUCCGUCUCUCCUCUGUAAUCGGCUGAGACUCCGCGGUGGAAACACUCGGACACACACACGUACACCGUCUUGAGAGAAGAGAAAAAUUAUACUGUUAAGUGAAUGGGCAGUUUUUGCAUCUUUAUAGAGACAAAGGAUGAUUGAAACAAUGGACACCCAGCAUGCCCUGCAGGCUGUGGAGAGGCUCCAGGCCAAGCUAAAGGAGAGAGGGGACGUGCCUGCCGAGGAGAAGCUCAGCCUUCUGAAGUCUGUUCUCCAGAGCCCCCUCUUCCACCAGAUCUUGACCCUGCAGAGGUCUCUCCAGCACCUCAAAGAUCAGGGGGGCUCUACUGCACCCUCACUGCCAGGAAUCGGUGACGUCAGCGAUGCUCAUGGACCCGCACAGCCAAAUGGUGGGCAGUCGCCUCUGCUGGACCCCCCCUUGGCCAAUGGGACACUCUCUUCCGAUGAACUAGAGCAUAAGAUUCGCUCCAUGGCCCAGGGCCGAUACGUGACACACAUUGAGCUGCUCAAGCCGUCCGCGGGAGGCCUGGGGUUCAGCGUGGUAGGUCUGCGCAGCGAUAGCCAGGGUGAGCUGGGCAUCUUCGUACAGGAGAUCCAGGCUGGCAGCGUCGCCCAUCGAGACGGGAGGCUCCGGGAGGCAGACCAGAUCCUGGCCAUCGACGGGCGUCCGCUGGACCACACAGUCACGCACCAGCAGGCGGUGGCCCUCCUGCAAAAGGCCUUGGAGCGGGUGCGCCUCGUGGUGGCCAGGGGUCCUGUCCCACAGCUCUCCAGCCCUGUGGUGUCCCGGACGCCCUCGGCUGCCAGCACCCUGUCGGCCCACUCCAGCGCGGUGCAGAGGCAGCAGCACGUGGAAGUCGUAGAGCUGGUGAAUGAUGGAACGGGUCUCGGCUUCGGCAUCGUGGGCGGGAGGAGCACCGGUGUCAUCGUGAAGACCAUCCUCCCCGGCGGCAUAGCGGACCAGGAUGGGCGUCUGCACAGUGGGGACCAGAUCCUGAAGAUCGGUGAUACGGAGUUGUACGGCAUGGGCAGCGAGCAGGUGGCCCAUGUUCUGCGGCAGUGUGGCAACCGAGUGCGGCUCGUCAUCGCCCGCGGCAACACGGACGAGCCCGCCGCUUCUGUGGUCCUGCCAACGGUUGCCGAGCAACAGGGAUGUGAGAGUGAAGGUCAGGAUGCCUUCGACGUUGAGCUCACUAAAAAUGCGCAGGGCCUCGGCAUCACCAUAGCCGGCUACGUCGGAGACAAGAACCUUGAACCGUCUGGGAUUUUUGUGAAAAGCAUAACGAAAGACAGCGCUGUCGAGCAGGACGGUCGCAUCCAUGUCGGCGACCAGAUAAUAGCGGUGGAUGGCCUCAACAUCCAGGGCUAUACCAACCAGCAGGCCGUGGAGGUGCUUAGACACACGGGCCAGACUGUCCGCCUGAAGCUCGUGAGGCGGGGAUUCCGGCCGGAGGAGGGACCCCCGGAUGCCCCGGAGUCGGGAAGGUUGUCCAUCACGGUUAGAGAUCUCCCUGUGGACAGAGCACCAGAAGAAAACCAGCAGGAGUCAGACUGUCGAACUGUCGAAGCAGCUGCCAGCGAGGAUGAAGUCCCAGCAGAGGCAGGAGGAGGGGUUAAACUGACUGCAGCCGAAGAAGAGGAACUGAGGAACAAGUGGCAGGCGGCUGUGGGACUCAGCAAUGAAGUUGUGGUGGCGCAGGUGGAGAAGUUCAGUGAGAGCAGUGGGCUGGGUAUCAGCCUGGAGGCUGACGGCGGACACCACUACAUCUGCUCAGUGCUGCCCGAGGGUCCGGUGGGCCGCAGUGCCAAGUUCUUCAGUGGGGACGAGCUGCUGGAGGUUAAUGGGAUACCCCUGAUCGGCGAGACACACAAGGAGGUAGUGAGCAUUCUCAAGGAGCUUCCAGUGUGUGUGUACAUGGUGUGCUGUCGUCCCGCCCCCCUGCUGCAGGGCGACAGUGAAGCUGGCCAGUCAGGUGUGGAGAAAGUAUUCCCUGAGGCUAUUUCUCAGGUUCAGGGAGAUCUCGAUGGCUUUGAGGACUCAGCGCGGGAGGACGUGAAGGAGGGGGCUCCAGGAUCUGCUCUGGCCAUGUGGGAGACUCAGGUCCAGGACAUUGAGCUUGAGAAGGGAGAAGCUGGCCUUGGGUUCAGCAUUUUGGACUACCAGGACCCCGUGGACCCAAUGAAGACUGUGAUAGUGAUCCGCUCCCUGGUUCCAGAAGGGGUGGCCGACCUGGACGGCCGACUGCUGCCCGGGGACCGUCUCAUGUUUGUCAACGACACGAACCUGGAGGACGCCACGCUGGAGGAUGCGGUGCAAGCGCUGAAGGGGGCUCCCGUCGGGAGGGUCCGCAUCGGCGUUGCCAAGCCGCUGCCCCUGGACCUCGAGGAGGGCCUCUCUUCCCUGAGGGAUUGGCCCCUUGUGCACUUUGACCUGGAGGAUCUCGCCAAGGCCAGCGUGUUCCGUGCAGAGCUAGCACUGAUCGACUCCAAUGAUACAGACCUGUUGGACGAGAAGGGGUUUGAACGCCGGGACUCGGGGAAAGAGGAGGACACGUUCCAAGCGUCGAUGAUUGCGCUACGGGGUAGCACCUGCAGCGCCGACCUUGACUACCAGAUGUCACUGCAGUCCUCCACGCCCAAGCGGAGCGAUCAGGAGGGCCUGGUUUCUGAGCUUCCCCUCGCACCCAUGUCGGGACAUGAUCUCAAGGAGGAGCCCCUAUCCCCCUGCCAGAUGUCCACGGGGUCACCGCUGCCCCUAGCUGUUAGCUCGAGUCCAUCGCUGACAUGGUUCUCAGGUUCGGAGGUGGAAUUCUCUGUGGGAGAGGCCAUCCUGGAAGUGGGUGGCUGUGCCGAGUAUCGGCCAGCCCGCAGUGGCGGAGCCUCUCCAGAGACUGGUGGUGAGGACAGCAGCGCUAACUCCUCCCCAAUCGGAGAGGAGGAAGACGCGUACGUGGACACCGGCGCUAUGGAGGGGCUCGACAGGAAAGCCGUCACUUCUGGAAGCAGUUUUGAGAGGACAAUCUCUGUCGUCAAGGGCAACUCCAGCCUUGGGAUGACCGUGAGCGCAGCCAAGGAUGGUUUGGGAAUGAUCGUCCGCAGCAUCAUCCACAGUGGAUCCAUCAGCCGAGACGGCCGGGUUGCUGUGGGAGACUGCAUCCUGGCCAUCAACGGGGAGCCUGCUAGCGGACUGACCACUGCCCAGGCCCGCGCCAUGCUGCGCAGACACUCGCUCAUUGCGCCGGACAUCAGAUCUUCUUGCCCGGCAGACGCCGACUCCUGCCCCUUUUACCUAAUCGCUUACGUGCCGGCGGAGUACCUGGAGGAAUACCGCGCCAGCUUGAGCCAAACCUCAGAGGAGACGCACCUCUUACUGCGAGAGGUUCCCGAGUUGCCUGAGAGGGAGGACGGGGAGGGCGAGGAGAGCGAGCUGCAGAGCACAUCGUACAGCACCUGGAACCAGCCGCGUAGGGUGGCACUGCACAGAGAGCCAGGCAAGUCCUUGGGCAUCAGCAUCGUGGGCGGCCGGGGCAUGGGCAGCCGCCUCAGCAACGGGGAGGUCAUGAGGGGCAUCUUCAUCAAACACAUCCUAGAGGACAGCCCCGCAGGGCGCAACGGCACCCUGAAGACCGGCGACAGGAUCGUCGAGGUAGAUGGGGUAGACUUGCGGGACGCCAGCCAUGAGCAAGCGGUGGAGGCCAUCCGCAGAGCGGGUAACCCUGUGGUCUUCCUGGUGCAGAGUAUCGUCCAACGACCCCGGAAGGCCCCUUUGCCCUUCCUGCAGUUUAACCCCACCUGCGGACCCCACACGAGCACCACUAACUCCUCCACCUGCCCCUCGUCUGCCCCCCUCCAGCCUCCAGCCCUGGACAAUGGAGGGAAGGUCUCGACCAGUGGAGUCCCUGGCAGCGAUGAGGGGGGCGCCGGUCUCUCAACACUCCUCCUCGGCCUCUCCCCAACUAACCCUUUCACUCCUACUCCGUUUAAGCCUCAGGCCAACAAAGGCUCAGAGAGGGUGUCCCCAAGCAUUGCCCUGGCCCCACCCACUCUGCCUCACAUCGGUGAGACGGACACUGACACGCUGGCCGAGGUCCCAGAUCGCCCUGGUCAGGAAGAGGAAGAAGAGGAAGAUGAGUUUGGCUAUAGCUGGAAGAAGGUGGUCCAGCGCUACGGAAGCCUACCGGGGGAGCUGCACAUGAUUGAACUGGAGAAGGGGGCUGCGGGACUUGGUCUCAGUCUGGCAGGCAACCGGGACCGCUCACGCAUGAGUGUCUUUGUCGUGGGUAUCGAACCCAGUGGGGCUGCUGGCAAGGACGGUCGCAUUGUGGUCGGGGACGAGCUCUUGGAGAUAAAUGGGCAAAUUCUGUAUGGCCGCAGCCACCAAAAUGCCUCCUCCAUCAUCAAAAGUGCCCCAUCAAAGGUCAAAAUCAUUUUUAUCAGGAGCACAGAAGCCCUGAACCAGAUGGCCGUGGGACCUAUGAAGGACCUACAGAUGGAGCAGGAUGUUUGCGCUUCGCCCUCAGCCAUCGAUGUGGACAUGUCCAAAUCUGUCGAGCACGUUACACUUUCCAAGGACCAGGGUGGACUGGGAAUUGCUAUUAGUGAAGAGGACACUGCCAACGGGGUAGUGAUCAAGAGUCUGACAGAGAGUGGUGCUGCUGCAAAGGAUGGCAGAAUUAAAGUUGGAGACAAGAUCCUGGCUGUGGACGAUGACUCCGUCGUUGGACACCCUGUGGACAAGGUAAUUGCUCUGCUGAAGAAAUCCAGGAAUACGGUGAAACUAACCAUCUGCUCGGACCUCUUGUCCUUCGGCCCUGCAGCACAGGCUUCCGACACGAGAAUGCUGCUCACGUGUCACCUGGAUCCAGAGCCAAUCAGGAGCAGCAGUCGGUCAUCAACACCUGCUACCAUGGCAUCCGACCCUGUGACCUGUCCCAUAAUUCCCGGCUGUGAGACCACCAUAGAGAUAUCCAAAGGUCGCACAGGGCUCGGGCUGAGCAUAGUAGGCGGCUGCGAUACACUGCUGGGGGCUAUCAUCAUCCACGAGGUGUAUGAAGAGGGUGCAGCCUCCAAGGACGGCCGGCUCUGGGCUGGAGACCAGAUCUUGGAGGUGAACGGCGUGGAUCUACGGACCGCCACGCACGAUGAAGCCAUCAAUGUGCUACGGCAGACGCCCCAGCGGGUGCGGCUCACCGUGUACCGCGAGGAAACCCCGCCCCGGGAGGAGGAGCUGUGGGACACCUUCAAAGUGGAGCUUCAGAAGCAGCCUGGCCAGGGCCUGGGUCUCAGCAUUGUGGGACGAAGGAACGACACAGGUGUCUUCGUCUCCGAUAUCGUCAAAGGCGGCGUGGUGGAGGCAGACGGCCGGCUCAUGCAGGGGGACCAGAUCUUGGCGGUCAACGGGGAAGAUGUCCGCUCCUCCACCCAGGAGGCGGUGGCCGGUCUGCUGAAACGCUGCAUUGGACCCAUAUGCCUGGAGGUGGGCCGUUUCAAAGCUGGACCUUUUCAUUCGGAGAGGAGAUUCUCCCUCAGUAGUCAGGUCAGCGAAACGGGAAGCUACGGGGUGCCGUGUCACAGCCUUUCAGGGUCUGGGAGCCUUCAGGGAGACACGGAGAACCAGCAGAAAAGCCACGACUUGCUGGACCGUAUCGAGAUCCGCGCCGUUGAGUUCACUAAGGGACCGACGGACUCUCUGGGUAUCAGCAUCGCUGGUGGGGUUGGCAGCCCCCUUGGAGACGUGCCCAUCUUCAUCGCCAUGAUGCACCCCACAGGCCUGGCUGCACAGACACAGCAGAUCAGGAUGGGGGAUCGGAUCCUGGCUAUAUGUGGGACCCCAACGGAGGGCAUGAGUCACAGCCAGGCCGUGUCUUUGCUGAAGAACGCCACGGGUACUGUGCAACUGCAGGUGGCAUCAGGGGGUGAUCCUAGCGUGACAGCCCCCCCUCAAGAGCAGGCAGCCGUCGGACUUUCCCUGUCAGCCCUGACAGCGAGCAGCAUCUUCCAGGACGAGCUGGGACCUCCCCAGUACAAGACCAUCACGCUGGAAAGGGGUCCCGAAGGCCUGGGUUUCAGCAUUGUAGGGGGCUUUGGCAGUCCCCACGGUGACCUGCCCAUCUACGUGAAGACUGUGUUCAGCAAGGGGGCGGCAGCGGAGGAUGGGCAACUGAGGCGAGGAGACCAGAUCAUUGCUGUGAACGGUCAGAGCCUGGAAGGGGUAACCCAUGAGGAAGCAGUGGGCAUCCUGAAGAGGACCAAGGGAACCAUCACUCUCACUGUGCUCUCUUAGAACUGUGUGUUCACUCUCUCUCACGCGAGCACACACAUACAAACAUACACACACAGAACUGUUUUUUAAAUAACUAGGAAAAAAGAAUGUGAUUUUUUUUGUGUGUGUGUGAAUUUUAUGUUCUGCUAAUGAUAAAUUGUAUAUAGUGACGGUGUGACUCACUCACCGCACACAGUUACUAACUACUGAUGCAGCCUGGUGCAGUUAACAUUGACUAAGCUAGGACUGUACCUGCUCCAGUCUGACACUUCAUACCUUUAAGUUUACCGGUUUACUCCGCUUGGGUCAGUAUAGACUGACGCAGACUGAAUUGAGCUGAGCUGAACUGCUGUUAAGUCCAUGUAGUUUUAUAGCUUCUAUUAAUAAUGUCUUAAUUAUUUAGUUCUAUUGCUCUGUACAGGACUGACUGAACUGUAUUGAAAUCAAUGUAGGAAUUAAAAGUAUUCCAGACUUUUCUGACAGGCUCCAAACCUCAGUGAGAGGUGUCAGGGAUAACCAAUGAAUGACCAGCUGCCAGCUAAUGGCACGGCGAGAGGAAGACGUUUAUCACCCUCUGUCACAAACAAUCCUGUGGUGGCAUUCAGGGCAAGCGCGGGGGGUGGGUCCUCAGAAUCUGCAGGGGGUCGAUACCAGGCGUCCUGUCCUUUCUGAGCUGAUAUUGGCGAUCCUGUGGAAGGUGCCAGGGGGUCGAACCCCAUUUUUACUGAGCCGAAAUGAGCAGGAGCACAGGGCUGUGGGCUAGAAGGGAUCCUGUACCUUCCACAUUUCCCCAGCGGUUGGGGUCACAGCGGGUCACAGGGCUGCAUGAGACCUUCGUGAAUCACCGAGUAUUCAUUUUUGCAGAGUAUUCAAUCACCAGUGUUCAUUUCCCAUGUUUACCGCAUCCUUAGGGAGACAUUCUUUUAUUACUCAUUAGUCAGUUUAUCUGAUUAAACUAAGUGUUUCUCCAGCUGGAUAAAUGAAAGUGACCUUCAACAUACUUGUAUUUCAUUUUUGUACUUUAUUCCCCUAUAAAAUGUAGUUUCUUU